CCACACAAGAAGUUGCACUUCGCAGUGUCUCUCGAACAUUGCGGCACUGGAGCAAUCGGUACCGGAGCUUAGAUUGAUUGGGUUACAGGAAUCGCGAUGAGCUCGAUUCAGCUCUUCUUCCGCAUCUUAUCGCUUCCAGGAACAAUUUCGAUGUGUUUGCGCCGCUUUUGGAGUUUGUGUUAUGGGCCAUGGAAGUGUAGGAGGAUUUUGUGUGAAGGAGGACGUGCAGUUUGCUUAGUUUGAGAGGCGGUGGGAUUUGGAAGUUGUGAGCUCCACAUAUCGACGCGUGUUUUUUAGUGUUAUUUUCAACAAUUUACUAGUGAGGGUGACGACAGUAUAUUGUUGGUUACUAUUCAGCGAGAGCAGUGGUGGUGUGUCCAGGGGGGAGAAGCGGUGAUGACGAUGGAGUUGGGUUCGUGGCGAGUUUGAGUUGGUGUGUAUCGUGUCAAUGUGUCCACAUGCAAUAGAAUAGCGUGGUGCGGGGAAUUUUUCUCGGAAGUUGCACAGUUUUUGAACAUUGCGGGGAUUGCUCAAUUUUCUGGGAAGUUUGAUGCGGUUGGUUUAGUGUGAAGGACGUCUCAUUAUAAACUAAGUUUUUUUUCCGUCUUCGAGGGGUCGUUCAUGCGCUUGGGAAGGUUGAAGUUCAUAUUUUCAAUAUGGUUGCAAACAAGGUGGUUAUGGAGCAAGAUGCACAGAGAUUGCAGCAAGCUCAAGAGCAUAAUGUGGGGAAGUACAUUAUUAAUGGAAUUCAAAGUAGGGAGUUUCGAAUUUUUAUAAGUGGAGCACUGUCUGGUGCUACGUCAAAAACUUUCACAGCACCGAUUGAGACAGUACGAACACGAUUGAUUGUAGGGGUGGGGCCGCAGAGCAUAACUGGGAGCAUUCGUGAAAUUAUCCACAAAUUUGGUUGGAUAGGUCUUUGGCGAGGAAAUGGUAUAAACGCCUUGCGUAGUGCCCCACUUCAAGCGAUAGAACUCUCGGUGUAUGAGUGUGUGAAAAAGCGUAUUUAUUCAGCUCAUAAACGCUGGGCUAUUGAGGGCCCUCCACAAGUAAAUGUUCUCGGUCAAGCGGUUGCAUUUCCGGUUCUCUACGCUUCACCGUCCAUGGUUGCCGGCGCCGUGGCGGGAGUGGUGAGCACAGUUUCGUGCUAUCCCUUGGAAGUGCUCAAGGAUCGGUUUACAGUGCACACAGGAGCUUACAGGAGCAUAUGGCAUGCUUUUGGAAAAAUUGUGCACGAAGAAGGGAUGGGAGCCAUGUAUAGGGGAUUGCUUCCUACAUUGAUAGGACUAGUGCCGUACUCGGCUGCAUAUUAUUUUGUUUAUGAUUCGAUUACUCGAGAAUAUAGACAGUAUACAAAGAGAAGGCAAUUAGAUUCAGUGGAAACUCUGUUUAUAGGAGCUUUUGCAGGUUUGGUGUCGAGUGCUGUGACUUUCCCGCUUGAGGUUGCAAGGAAGAGAUUGAUGGUCGGAUCUGUUGCCGGACGGAGUACACCUCGUAAUUUUGGCCAUACUAUGAAAAUAAUUUUGCAGGAAGAAGGUGUAAGAGGGUUCUACAGGGGAAUUUCCGCCAGCUGUCUAAAAGUUAUGCCAGCAUCAGGGCUGUCCUGGAUGUGCUAUGAGAAGUGUAAAGAAGUUCUCCAUGUUGAUACCCAACAAACUUGAGAAAAAUUAUUCAAUUGUCGAUUUAGUUCCUCGAAAUCAAGAGAUAACCAAGGCUGCCUUAUCAUAGCUAUUCGUUAGACGUGAUGAUGUCUUCAACUUUCAGGAAGAUGUUUCCGGGUUCAUGUGUAUUACGUGCUUUGGUUAUGUUGCCCCAUAUUUCACGAACAAAAGUUGUCUACAAGAGUGGCACUAAUUCUUUUGAACAUCCAUUACUUGGUGUUUCUGGUUGAUACAAUUUGAUCAAUCUACUAUAUCUGAGUUAGUAUGC